AUAAAAUUGCCAAAUCGAACAAUGCAUUCGUGUGUGCAAAUGAAGGAAAGGAAAGAAUGUUAAAAUAUAUGGUUUGGUUUCUCAAAGCAACUGGUCAUACAACGAAUACCGUUUAUGAAUUAUAUUCAUUGGCUAAACAAUUUGAGUAUUGAAUAUUUGUGCUUGUUACCUUGUUACCUGUGUGAGAAAUUAGCCCAUUUAAUAUGCUUACAGGUGAAUCGAUGUUCAUUAUUGCCAAUAACUUUUUGUACCCAAGACUAGUUUAAAGGGUUUUCUGUUCUGGAGUAAAACUGUUUGAUAUAUUUAGGUAUUGACAGAACUGAAUGAAAGUUGUGAACUGCAUUUUAUUCUAGACACGCACUUCGUUGAGUUCUCGUUUGUUUCCACUCUUUCCACUUUUCUGGGGUAAACUACCGUUAUUAUAAGGAGAGCAAAUAUUAAUGCACAUCACCGUGGCCAAAUAAAAUAAUGCAUGCCGUGUUUCACCCCGAGCUCAUCCGAUGUACGAGAGGAGAGGCAUUAAACCCGCCUUCAGCCGCCACCCUCCAAUCAAAGUCAGCCGAGGCACCGCGCGCACUUUCAUGAAUGAACGAGAGCUGCUUCAGGAAUCCUCGCGGGACAGUCACGUCCUCGCUCUCCUGCACGGAUAUUACAAGCUCCGUUUCUACAGUCGGCGCAAAGCAUGGAAGUACGAGUCCCCUCGGUCUCCCACUGACACGAUGACGCUCUCCAAAGCGGAUUUAGCCGCGGAACGCCGCUCCUCGACGCGCUCGGGAUGGGACGCGCCCGCUGUCAUUCGCGCGUUUGGCUUCCAGCUGGUCAAAGUGAAGCGAAUAAAGUCCUGAAGAGAAUGGCCGUCUACAGAGCGUCCUCGAAGGGAUGGCAACUUUUAACAACGCGCCUCUGGACCUCCGGAGACUCCUGCAAAGACUAGUCAUCAUGUUUUCCUUCGGCAUCAUCUGCGUGUCGAUCCUCUACUUCCUGCUGGGAUGCUGCGGGCCGGACUUGGUGGACAGUUCGGAGAACUCGCCGCUGGGGUGGUUUAACAAGACGGCGUUGAGAGAGACACUGACGGCGCCUGGUUAUGUGGCGGAUGACAGCGUGGAUGGGAACAGCUCAGGGAAGGACUGGACCGCGAGCAGGCGCCUCCCGGACGCGCUCAUCGUCGGAGUGAAGAAGGGAGGCACGCGCGCGCUGCUGGAGUUCCUGAGGCUUCACCCGGACAUCCGCGCGCUCGGCUCCGAACCGCACUUCUUUGACAGGCACUACACGCGCGGGCUCGGCUGGUACAGGAGCAUGAUGCCUAAAGCCCUCAACGGGCAAAUCGUAAUGGAGAAAACUCCCAGGUACUUUGUCUCUCCAGAGACGCCGGGCCGCAUCCACGCCAUGUCGCGCAACAUCAAGCUGAUCGUGGUGGUCCGGGACCCCAUCACCCGCGCCAUUUCAGACUACACCCAGAUCAUCUCCAAGACGCCCGACAUCCCCAGCUUCGAGAGCCUGACGUUCAAGAACCGAUCCACGGGACAGAUAGACUCUCUCUGGAGCCCGCUGUACAUCGGCCUGUACGCCAGACACCUGGAGCGAUGGCUGGCCUACUUUCCGCUCUCGCAGAUCCAUUUUGUCCACGGCGAGCGGCUGAUAAGCGACCCGGCGGGCGAGCUGGGCCGAGUGCAGGACUUCCUCGGCCUGCAGAGGAUCAUCACGGACAAACACUUCUACUUCAACAAGACCAAGGGCUUCCCUUGCCUCAAAAAGCCAGAAGGCAGUAGCAAACCCCACUGUCUGGGCAAAACCAAAGGCAGAACGCAUCCUAAAAUCCACCCGGAGGUCAUUCAGAAACUGAGGGAAUUCUACCAGCCUCACAAUCUCAAGUUCUAUCAAAUGGCAGGCAUGGACUUCGGAUGGCAAUGACCUUUUCUGACCAGUAGCACGUAGCGGCUCCGUACCGCGGUUGAGUUCUUGAGCGCGGGGCUGGCGAUUAAACCGCGUUGGUCUAAAAUGCGAUCGAAGCGAAAAACGAUACCCCAGGAUGGUCGGUGCUGUUCAAAUCAAUGCGUCUGCCAGAUAAAUAGAGGUCACGGUAGCGUCUUCUGUGACUCGGCUUGAGGGAACUGACAGAAACGACCCUAAAUCAUCGGUUUAAGUAGCACUUUUCUGCUAUUGCCAUUUCGAUGUCUUUUUUUAUGUAGCUUCAAUCACGUUUGAGCGAUCCUUCACGUCUGAGAGAGUCCAAAUAAACCGCGUAGCGUAGGCAUAUUUGUAAUCGUUGCAGUAAGAGACAUUGUAAGGGCUGGUCUGCAAUCACACGAUCCAUCCAGCGGCUCAUAUCGGUUUUGAUCGUCUGCUGUAAUUGGUUCAAAUGCAGACAAUAUGCAGACGAGGCCGGCCCUUUUGAACUUCCCCUCUGCAUGCAUGACUUUGCACUAGCCUGAAGUGCAGCCCACUAGAAACCAAUAAAUGAUUUUAAGUACCCGUGUAGCUGUUCUUGCUCCGAAAAAUCGGUAGGCGUAAUAUAAAUGAUGACGCUAAAUAAUAUAUUUCUUUACCAUUUGUUUAUUUUAUGUUUCACAUGAUUCUGAAAUAAAAGCAUUGAUUGUGUCAA